AAGUUGAGUCCUUGCAUAAGAGGGCGUUUGCUCGCCUGACUGCUGCCUGCGCUCUGCUCUUUCCCAAGUCAAGCCAACAAUUUCAUCUCCCUCUCUUACUACAAAUAUAUUUCUUGUCCUUCUGUCUUCAAAUCUCUCAAUCUCUUCUUCUUCUUUCUCAUAGUGAUCUCCGCCUUCUUUCUCUUUGUUUUUUCUUUCCUGUUUAGAGAAGAGAACUUGGUUCCUCCAUCCGAUGAGUAAUAAUGCGGCGUCGUCUAGCGCAGGAGCUAAUGGAUCAGCUCAUUCUGCUGCUCCUAGGGGAAAUUCAAAGCGACCCAAAUAUUCAAAGUUUACCCAACAAGAACUUCCAGCUUGUAAACCAAUUCUCACGCCACGAUGGGUGAUUUCUGCAUUUAUGCUUGUUAGCAUUAUCUUCAUUCCUAUUGGAGUUGUUUCCUUGUUUGCUUCCCGAGAUGUUGUUGAAAUUGUUGACCGCUAUGACACUGAAUGCAUUCCUGAACAAAAUAGAACCGAUAAGGUUGGAUAUAUUCGAAGUUCUGCUAAUACAACAUGCAACAGGACAUUAAAAGUGACUAAGCACAUGAAGCAGCCUAUUUAUGUGUAUUAUCAGCUUGACAACUUUUACCAGAAUCAUCGCAGGUAUGUGAAGAGCCGAAGCGAUGAGCAACUGAGAAGUCCUAGUGGCGAGAAUGAAACCAGUACUUGUAAGCCUGAAGAUACGAAUGGGGCUGCAAUUGUACCAUGUGGUCUAAUAGCCUGGAGUUUGUUUAAUGAUACUUAUAGUUUCUCCCGCAACAACGAGCAGUUGCAUGUGAAUAAAAAGGGUAUCUCAUGGAAAAGUGAUAGGGACCACAAAUUUGGCAAAGAUGUCUUUCCAAAGAACUUUCAGAAUGGAAGUCUUAUUGGUGGUGCAAGUCUCAAUGCAUCAAUACCAUUAAGUGAGCAGGAGGACCUCAUUGUUUGGAUGCGAACUGCAGCUCUGCCAACUUUUAGAAAGUUGUAUGGGAAGAUACAGAAGGAUCUACAGCCCGAUGAUGAGAUACAUGUAAUACUUCAGAACAACUAUAAUACAUACAGCUUCAAUGGCAAGAAAAAGCUAGUGCUUUCAACCACAAGCUGGCUUGGUGGAAAGAACGACUUUCUUGGUAUUGCUUAUCUCACUGUUGGGGGACUCUGCUUCUUUUUGGCAAUGUGUUUCACUGUUGUAUAUCUCGUCAAGCCUAGGCUGGGAGAUCCCUCUUAUUUAUCAUGGAACAGAACUCCUGGAGGCCACUGAAAAUUUUCUUUGGAAUCUCACUUAUGGUUGAAGUAAUUUUGUGUAUAAAAUGUUUGAGAUAUAGUCUUAGCUUGAAAGUAAUUCAUUCAUGUUUGAAAUUUUAUUUCAUACAGGUGAAAAUAUUGUUGUACUUGAGCAAUGGAAUGACAUUUAGCUAA